AUGACGGCGGAAGCAGAAACCCUCUUCAACAGCCUGGGAUCCCGUUAUGAGGCCGCCUUUGGAAUGGACAAGGAGCUGCAGAGGUUUGUUGAGCUUGUGGCCAAAACCAUCCCCCCUCGAAGCAGAACACUAGAUGUUGGCUGUGGGACAGGCAAGCCUGUUUCUCACAUACUUGCCUCUGCCGGCCAUGAAGUGCACGGGAUUGAUAUAUCAGAAGAGAUGGUGAAAAUCGCAAAGUCCCAAGUUCCGGGGACGUUUCAAGUGGGUGAUAUGAAGACAUAUCAACCGUCAGCAUUGUUCGAUGCAGUCAUUGCAAUCCGAUCUCUGUUCCAAAUGUCGGCGUGUGAUAUGUGCUCGAUGGUUAUGCGGUUCUCUCAGUGGAUCAAGGUCGGGGGAUAUGUUGUCCUUGGAGUGACUCCCAGCACCUCGUUGGUUCCGAAAAAGGUGACUUAUGAUCCCACAUGGGAUUGUGCUUGGAUGCUAGAUAAGCCGUGGAUGGGGAAUUAUGUCAAUGAUUUAUUCCUAUCCGAGGAGCGUUGGUGUCAACUUCUGCGAGAAUCCGGCUUUAUCAUUGAAACAGAACCGGUUUCUUACCUCUUCUCUCCGGCCAGCCAGGAACAUGCUCCUGAGGCACACUACAUCGUGAUGGCGAGAAAGGUCGAAUGGGAGCCGCUUUUGGGGCCAUAUCCCUUACGCGGUGGUCUCAAACCAUUGGAAUUUCAGGCGCGUGGAAAUCUCUUUGCUGAUCGCCUGGUGAGCAAAGACCUCGAGAUAUUGCUUGAAGAUAUAGGCGACAGUCCGGAGGUUUUAUGUAUCGGAAAGGACCUACUCAAUGGACGUUUCCAACGCCGUAAAAGUCGAUUUGUCGACCUUCCGAUUGAGGACUUACCGUUUGCCCCGAGAACCUUUCAUACCGUGCUCGCCUUAUGGCAGAUGGAUUAUGUGCUGAAUAUGGAGAGAACUAUUCAGGAAAUAACCCGUGUACUGGGUCGAUCGAGUUCGAAGAUUGUGAUUAUCCAGGGAGGGCCGUAUAACGAAGUGGUGAAGCUGCUAGCUUCUGUCGCUCGGUCUGUCCCUGUUGGCCACCAGGGACAUAUCCUGCACUCGGCCAUGGGCUACCUUACGAAAUACGGGUUUGGUGAUAUCAGUGUGCAUCAUAUCGAUGCAAGCUAUGAGUUCCAGGAAGAGAACGUUCCAAAGCGUUGCGCCGCCGCCGCUGAAUUCCUAACCGGCAUUUGGCAUCGACGGCAUUCACAACGCGAACGGAUUGAGGAGGCACUCGUGGAACGGCUGCAGCUUCUUUUCCGAGCCGAUGCCCACUCAGUCUCUCACGGGAUGGUUGCAAUUGUUGCGCGCCCAACUCUGGUUCAAGGUUGA